AAGUGACAUCUUGCUUACUACUUUGCAUGUGAUCACUGAUUGGCCAAUCAGUGAUCACAUGAUCGGGACCUCGUACAGAGGUCCCGUCCGACGAUCGGUGUUUCACUGUGUCCGGAGGACACAGCGGGCAUCGGAUCGCGGUGCUGCGCGCUCCCAGGGAGCGCGCACAAGCAGGGCAAAUAUAGAGGUGAGCACAUAGGGAGACCAUUAAGCACUCGGCGAGAGGGAACCAAGAAUCCACCUGCACAUUUAUAUUUGAAAGACUUUUUUUUUUUUUUUUUUUUUUUUUUUUUUUUUUAUUGAAUAUAUCAUAAGCACGUGCACAUAAUAUAUAUG